CGUGACGACAGUGGCGACAACGCCAUGUCUUUUUUCUCUAAACUUCGUCCAUUGCAAACCUGAAAACCAAUUAUUAUAUUUUAUGAUAUUUAAUACUAAACCAAGAGAAAACUGUGUUCAGCAGGAGUAUUACAAAGUAAAUAAGCUUCAAUGGAAUCUGAAGACUCCCGAGAUGGUUCCUCUGGGAGUGAGAGUGAAGCUAAGGGAAGAAACAGUCGUUCCAGUAAGAAAUCUGGUGGUUCAUACAAAUCAAGAUCUUCAUCUAGAUCUUCCUCUCAUAGCAGCAGAGAACACUCUGCUUCCUCCCAGAGUUCUGCUGGCAGCAGGCCACCUUCUCCUGAACCAGAUGUGAAAACUACAAAAUCAGCUAAUCCUCCUUCUAUUAAGAGUAGGAGUAGAACACCAGAUUCUCAUUCAAGCUCACCCGAGUUGAAAAAUAAAUCACCAAAGCAAAUUAGAUCUCCACCUUCAAUUAGGUCACCUGCUGACAUUAGGUCGCCUGGUGUGGAAUCCAUCAAAAGCAGAUCUCUUUCUCCUCGACAAGUAUCAGCUAGAGCCAGAUCCAGAUCAUCCAGUAUAUCUUCUUCCUCUUCUGAUGAGGAGCUACCCAAAUCGCUCAAAACCACCAAAAAAACAAAUGAUUCGCCAAUCACGCGUCCUAGGUCUGCAAGUCCACAUGAUUCGCCAAUCAUGCGCCGUAAGUCUCCAAGUCAGCAUAAAUCACCAAUCAUGCGCCAUAGGUCUCGGAGUCCCCGUGAUUCCCCAAUCGCGCGCCGUACGUCUCCGAGUUCACUGAGACAGGUACCAGGUCAGCCUAGAUCACCUUCCUCUCAAAAUUCAUCUCGAAGUAGCUCCUUGGGAUCUCCUGCAAGAUCUCCCAUUAGGACCUUUGAUAAUAAGAAAUCUCCAAAUGAUGACAAUACUUCUGUUAAAAGUGACAGUAGUGAUAGUUCUAGAAAAUCAAAAUCAAGCAGGGAAUCCAGAAAAUCUGCUUAUUCUAGAGGAUCAAGAGGCAUUGGAAGAAAUAGGAGAAAAGAUGAUACUUCUGAUUCAAGUGACAGCAGUGUUGAUUCCUCAAGCAGGAGAAAUAAGAAUAUUGCUAAAACUGUGGAUACUCAACCGGAGGAAAUUUCUGAUGGAGAUAUGGAAUCUGAACAUGAAAAAGAAGAGCCCCGUGCCAAAGAAGAACCUAGUGUAAGACAUGAAAUAAACAUAUCACAUGAAGAUCUAUCAGAUGUUUCAGAUUUAGAAGAUUCAAUUGGGGGGCAAUCUGAUAAUGAAAAUGUGCCAAGUCCCAAACCAGAAGAGAAAGUAAAUGGAAAAGAAAUUAGGGAUAGAUCACCUUCGCCUGAACAAAAAAAGAUCCCAGAAAAACAGUCCAGGCCAGAAGAAGGGGAAGAGCAGUUAGAUUUUGAAGCUGAGGAUGGUGAAUGUGAAGCUGAAGUUACCAAAGAAAACGAAACUGAUGACCCAUCUAAAACAGAAGACUUUGAUAAGACUGAAGAAAAAAGUAGGAAGGAAAAAGAGGAAAAGGAAAAAGAAGAAUUAGAAGAAGGUGAAGUAACAGAUGAAGAUGAUGUCAGACCUGAGGAGACUGAACCUAGACCUGUUUGUAGGUUUUUCUCAAGAGGACAAUGCACAUGGGGAGCUAGUUGCAGAUUUCUACAUCCUGGUGUUACAGAUAAAGGUAACUAUACAAUGUUUGAAAUGAUUCGACCAGUAGUACCUGGUGAGUUCCGAGAUGAACGAUUAUAUGGCAAAGUCGAUCCACCAGUUGUUGAAUCUGCAUGGGAAAGGGGUCUUCGCACGGCUAAAGAAAUGCUUCGAAAGUCGGUAAAACGAAAGGAGCAGGACAUUGAUUUUGAAGAAAAGAAAAUGAAUUUAAGUUUGGCUCAGGAAGAAUUUGACAAAGAAAACGGUUACUAUGGAAGAGUAACUUCGCCAGAACCAAGGUAUGUUCGACAUGUAGAAUACCCAGUCUCAAGACCACCAGAGGAAUAUUAUGGACGUAGGCAAGUUGUUUAUGAACCUGAAUAUGUACCACCUCCCCCUGCUCGUGAACGAAUGCGAUCUUAUCGAGAAUUACCGGCACAUCGUAUGCCUGACUUCUUCAAUAGUAAAUACGAAGAAGAACCUCCACCACAGCAUUCUGGUAGUAGUAAACCAAGAGGGAAUAAACCUAAACGAGAAGUAAUUGUACAACGGGUGGAAAGUGAACGUCAAGCUGGUAGAGGAGAUGAAUGGUCUGAUCCAUGGAUGAGAUCAAAAGAAGCGGGAAGAAGAAAAGACGGUUCAGGAGGAGGAGGAACAGCAGCAGUAGUAGGAGGAGGGGGAGCAGGUGGUGUAGGAAGAAAACGAUCUUACAGUUCUGGAUCGUCCUAUUCUUCAAGCAGUUCUUCUCGAAGUUCAUCAGAUUCAAGCAGAAGUUCGUACAGAUCAAGAUCGCGGUCACUCCGUAGACCCAGGUCCAGAUCCCACAAGGGUAGACCCGUGUCACCAUCAGUCAUUGUGUCUGAAAGGAAAGCAGCUAAUGAGAGGGCUGCAUUAAUGAAUCCACCGGCGCCAAAGAGACGAGCUCCAUCUCCAGGAAUGAUGAGAGUUAGUGCAGCAGCCAAUCCGCCUGCACCUCCUAGAGAAGAUCAAUUUGCAAGAAGUAGAAAGAAGUUAGCUGUUGCUGCAGCCUUGUCUCGAAUUAAAAGACAUCAAUCAUCUCGAUCAUCAUCAGGAAGUUCAGGUUCAAGUUCUAGUGAAUCUGAUUCUUCCGAUUCUAGCAGUUCCACUAGCAGAGAUAACAGUCCACCUGUGAGAAGUCCAGCUGUUGAAUUGGUCAAAGCAAUGGAUGCUCUUAAAGGUAAUGCACUAGAGAAAAAGCAAAUAAAACUGAAUCUAAAAAAUCCGGUAGGUGCAAAGAAACCAGAUUCCUCCGAAUUUAGAAAAGGUGAUUCUGCACAAGUAAAGAAGAGACCUGCCAAUUCACCACCAGCAGGUGAUCCAAAAUCUAAGAAAGCUACCUCAAGGCGAGAAGAGUUAUUGAAGCAACUUAAAGCUGUGGAAGAUGCCAUUGCUAAGAAAAGGUCAAAGGUUAAUUAAACUUUUGCACUUUCCGUCAUUAAUGUGUUAAGAUUUAAGAAGUAAAUGCAGUUAACAAUUUUUUGUAUAUAUAAGCACUAUAAACAUGUUUCACUUAAAUAUUUUUUAGGUUUUUUUUGUAUUGUAACUUUCUUGUAAUUCGUGGAAAGUUUAGUUCAUAUUAAAAAUAAAAUAAAAAGUAUUAUUUUGA